CGACUCGGAGGCAGAGCCAGAGGAGGGGGCAGAGCCAGAGCCUGAAUGACAUUGAGUGCGCGGACACUUUCAAAUGUCUGGUCGUCAACAGGCUGAGCACCUCACAGACUGCUCCCUUGGUACUUCUGCAACAUCCUCAACAGGUUCCUUCAGCACUGCAUGCAGCUCAUGAAAGAGUGGAUGGAAACAUCAGUGCGUCCACUCUCUGUUUGUCAUGUUGCGCGGCAGUGGCGAGCGUUCUAUUGUGACUGAAUUCAGGCAGAGAAGCCUCAGUGCAUUUGUAGUGUGGACUUUUCAGGGAGUGGUAUAUGUCCUAGUUCGGCUCUGCCGGUCUCUUGUUGCAUCGGUCACAUUGUCCAUUGGAAACCUUCUGGUCGCAGUUGCGCUGCUGCCACAUGAUGCGGUCAUCACUUACUGGACGCUUGUUAGGACGCGAGUCCUUGGGAGAAAUGUCAAAAUCCUGGCCCUGCUUCUGUUGCUAGUACCUCUAGUCGCCUGGCCUUUCGCUGUCCUGACUGCGAGUGUGAUUGGAGGCCCCGUUCUGGUCAUAUUUGGUCAGGUGGUAUAUGGAGACGCCUUCCAGAGGCGGCCAAUUCUCCUAAGUGCCCUCGAAUGCAUCAAGGACUUCGCAAGCUGGAACUAUGACAACUACUUUGGAUACCUGCGGGAGUUUCGUGAGCGGGCGGUCGAGAAGCCGUAUGACAUUAGCUUGCUCCACUUGGCAGAGUGUAUCUUCGCAGGUGUGCUAGGCAUGCUUGUGGACGGGACACUGGUCACAGCGCUUGCCUUGAGGUCCUUCUUCCCCAUUCUUUGGUUCAAUCUAAGGAGAACCUGGUCAUCGGAGGGGAUUCUGUCAAGGAAAGGGGCCGUCUUCUUCUCCAUCAUCUGGCCAUUCAUACUUCUGGCGAUGGUCUUGAUGGCCAUGUUGGGGGGUUUUGUUGCGGGGCUCGGAGCGAGCGUAAUCGUUUGGGAGGAGCAGGACGUUCACAUGGGGUUCAAGUACAUUGUGGCGGCGGCAGCCGAAUUUGAUGAAGUAUUUCGGCGAUGGAGUGGCGAGGACGUCGUUCUGCUCAAACCCUCGUAUAGCACGCGUGCGAGUACAGCAAGCGAAAUGUUUUCAUUCCGAAUCCUAAAAGGUAGUAUCUAGGACUAAGACAUCCGCCUUUGCAACGACUUACAGCGGGAGCUUUGCAAAAGGAAGGAAGGAGCUAGGGCUGAAUAAGAAUCAUUUUAUUGCUCCGAGCUGAGACGUAUUGAACGCCUCGGUGAAAGUUGUUGGCGAACUUCAUGUUCAACCUGUCAUUGUAUGUAGUCAUACAUGUUUGUAGAAAAUAAUGUAGGUCAGGCAACCGGGCAUGUAACAUGGACUAGCUAGCACCACUCUACAUGAGCUUGCAACUUCGCCGGCGAGAUCAUAUUCAAGAUACGGU